AUGGAGGUGCACCUGUCACAAUCUACAAUUGAUGGACAACUUAUUGUUGAUGGACAACUUAUAAGUGAUGGACAAUAUAUAGUUGAUGGACAAUUUAUAGUUGCUGAACCACUUAUAGUUGAUGGACCAUUUGAUGAACCACUUAUAGUUGAUGGAUCACUUAUAGUUGAUGGACCUUUUAUAGUUAAUGGACCAUUUAUAAUUGCUGGACCACUUAUAGUUAAUGAACCACUUUUAGUUGAUGGACUACUUAUAGUUGAUGGACCACUUAUAUUGGAUAUUUAUCUCAUCUUUAAAUUACAGUUAAUUACCGAAUGUAAAAUAUAG